AUGGCUCAGCUGAAGGAGGUUGAAACUCUAGUUUUCCAAACUUCUAAGGAUCAGGAAAAACCUUUGACAGUGAAAGUCAAGGAGGAAAAAGACCUUUUUUGUAAGGAGGAAUCUCAGCUGCGAAAAGACAAUUUCCCUGGCCAAGAAAUCUGCCAACUUUUUAGACAGUUCUGCUAUCAGGAGACCACCAGGCCUUGGCAGGCUCUAGGCCAAUUCCAGAAACUCUGCCAUCACUGGCUAAAGCCAGAGAUACACACAAAGGAGCAGAUCCUGAACUGUCUGGUGCUGGAGCAAUUCAUGACCAUCCUGCCUGAGGAGCUCCAGUCUUCGAUGAAAGAAUGCCAUCCCUUCAGUGGAGAAGAUGUUAUGACCAUGUUGGAGGACUUGGAGACUGAACAGCAGGUUUCAGUCCAUGCACAAAGAUUGAAAGGGUUAUUGAAGGAAGUGAUACCUUUAGAAGCAACACAAGAGUUAUUAAGCAGCCAGCUGCAGCUUAUGGAGACUCACCUCAAAUGUAAAUCCUCAACACUCCACCCCUUCCAAGGAAUAGAUGAUGAGUCUAGCCCUGAGAAUGAGAAGUUGAUUCUAAAACAGGAAAUUUCUUUAGUGGAACCUCCCUCAGUGCUCUUGAGAAGAGUCAUAGUGGAUGCUCCACAGAAGCCUGAAUCUGGACAAAUUUGUGAAACUGAGAGCAAGUUAGAAGGGCAUCAGGAACUUACAAUGGAAAGAUGGGAGAAAGCACCUUCCCAGGAGAGAGUUUCCAAGGAUAUCAGAGGGAUCAUUCAUAAAAAACUUCCCAUAGAAGGAGGGAAAGAUCAUAACUGUAAUGAAUGUGGAAAAUCCUUUACUAAGAACUCAAAUCUUAUUCGACAUCAAAGAAUACACACUGGAGAAAAACCAUAUAAAUGUAAAGAAUGUGGGAAGGCUUUUAGUGGAAGUACCAGCCUUUGUCUACAUCAGAGAAUCCAUACUGGGGAGAAAACUUAUAUAUAUAGACCUUAUGAAUGUGAUGAAUGUGGUAAAGCCUUCAGUUGAAGUUCAGACCUUAUUAAACAUCAAAGGAUCCAUACUGGAGAGAGACCCUACAAAUGUAAUGAUUGUGGGAAAGCUUUUAAUCAGAGCUCUGACCUUAUUAAACAUCAAAGAAUACACACUGGAGAGAAGCCCUACAACUGCAGUGAGUGUGGGAAAGCCUUCAAUCAAAGCUCACUACUUAUUAAACAUCAGAGAAUCCACACUGGGGAGAAACCAUAUCACUGUAAUGAAUGUGGGAAAGGCUUUAGUGAGAGUUCACAUCUCAUUAAACAUCACAGAACUCACACAGGGGAGAAACUUUAUCAUUGUACCAAAUGUGGAAAAAGGUUUAGUCAAAAUGAAGGUCUUAUUUCACAUCAGAGAAUCCACACU